AUGGUACUAUUCGUUGGUAAUCUUAUUUCAAUCAAAAAUGUGUUUCUCACGUUUGCAUUAUUUACCAACAGGUAUUUUGGUGGACUACGCUUGUUACAAGCGACGUGCAAGAAAUUUUAUCAAUAUUGUUCAGAGCAAGGGUAAUUACUCAAAUCUGUUCUUUGAUUUUAUUUCUAGUACUCAAUACACUGCACUCAAUUGAACUUCAAAGGUAUUGUCACAUGUGUUGUAACUGACUCGUAGCUAGAAAUGAAUGAAAUUGAUAAUUAGUCACAAACACUAUAGUGUUUGCGGCAACUUUUAUAAAUGUAUGUCACCAUUACGAGUGCUUGCAGUAACUGCAUGAUUUGCAUCCUACUUUAUUAUUUUAUUCUGUCUAACGCCAGGCGAUUUUACUCGUCUAGAGCAUAUGAAUUGAUUAAUUUCAUAAAGUGUUUAAGACAUUCGAGUCCGGGUUGUAUUGAGUAUACAAUCACAGAAUCACUCGACUUCGAUACCUGUGUACAUUCAAUAUUCAAUCACGGAAUCACUUUGGUUCACUUCUAUAUCCCCGCAUUUACGGAAGAGAAAAUGAACUGAUACUCCGGUACAGCACGCCCGCUCAUGUUGUAACCAUUACAAAAAAGACUACAUUUUCUGCUUUUAGCAUUGCCUUAGCCAAAAGAAACUUUACACUCAAGUAUGACACAAAUAUUCCCCGUCAGGUGGUAAGUUGGGAAUAUCGUAAAUUGCACGAUGGCUCUCUGUAGACCACUUAUAGUACACUACAGUGCACGUGGAGUUAUUGCAUGCACAGAAUCUGGUAUAAUAAUUUUUUAAUUACUAUUCUUUUCACAGGGAUUGGCUGGAAGCAGGUACAGUGCAUACAAAAAAAUCACAUUACGAUCUUUUUUAUAUUAACAUCGUCGUAUAUAGUAUAAUUAUGCUAAAAUUAUUUCUUUUGUUUAAUUAAAGUGCUAUUGUAACAGCGACUUUGAGGUGUCUCAUGGAAUUUUUCAAUUUAAAUGAACUGGUACGUGAAACUUUUUGCACUCAUCCUUAGUAGAAUUCGUAGUUUUUUUUAUUAGGCCUACCUUUUUUAACUCACUUGUAUUAUAAAGGAUCUUGAAAAGCCAAUUCAACCUCGAUUUAUAUUGAAUGUUGAGAAAGAUGAACUAUUCAUUAACGCUGGAUUACAGGAUCGAGUAAUUCAGGUAUGUUGUGUUGUUGACUAUUAUGGAAUAAUACUAUUAAUAACAAUCAAGAUAUGCUCUGAAUACUCGGCCAAAGUUUUUGUUGCAUCUUUUUGUUCAUGUUUAUGCAGAUUUGUGCAUGGCCAUGGUGAAACAAUGAAUUUUUGGCAUAAUGACUAAUGAGCAAUCGCCGAAUAAGUCAGCCUGAUGUUAAAACAUUAUCAUGCAUGCAAGGAUUUGUGCAGGGUGUAAAACCAUAUAGCUCAUUAUAAACACUUUGAAGUUAGUUUGCCGAGAUUCCAGGCCAUCAUGUAGUAACUAAAUUGCCUUGACUUUGGGCUUAUACUGUACGUUUUCAUGCAAUCCUGGAUAUAGAGUCUUUCGUUUUUUCUCCCAAUAUUUUCAGUUUAAACGUACACAAAUUCUCUUAACCUAAACUGUUAAUAUAUCGCUUUGUCCCUUUUGUGAAAAAGGAUAAUGACCAUUUACAUAUAUUAAGCGGCGCCGGUAUUGCAUGCGAAAAGCAGCACCGUGCUAAACCGGCCGCUGCAUGAGAAGAACGGCCUGAAUAUAUAUUCACUUCCCCACGCAUGAAUAUAGGUUCGCAACGGACGGUAUAUAGUAACGGUUAUUUUCCCGAAGCAUUGCUAUUUUUAUUUCCCGUGAAACACGAAAUGGCGAUUUUAUUUUUCUCGAAUCGUGAUUACUUAAUUGAUUCUUGCAUGAAAUGCAUGUGAAUUCCUUUAUUUACUUUGCGCAAAACGAGAUUUAAACAAUAUACCUAUGCAGUUCUGAUUUUGGUUUACAAAAUUUCUUAACAUUCUUAAUUAAUUUCAUGUCAGGUUUACGAAGGUCUUGUUUAUAUGGACUUUCACAAAGAUUUUAUUGAGAAGCAAGGAUACGGUAAAGAUUAAAGAAUUAAUAUUUUUUCGUCAUGCGUGUCAUAAUAUUAAGUCAUGCGUAUGAUUUCAACAAAUAAUAACGUGCAGCCUAGCUGCCAUCUUGAAAUUAAACUCGAUUACACUCGAUGUACAGUAAGCUUUGCCUUACUUUUCGUUAUAAGCCUCCCUAAAAAUUGAUAUUUUAAGCUUUUAAAAAUUUCAAUCCAAUUGAGUAGCAACGCAGCAUUUUUAGAAGUCUUCUGCUAGAUUCAGUCAACGGGGAUAAGUUUUAUUACAGUGCAUAUGAAAUUGUUUAUAGGAAAACGUCUUGUCAUAUAGCAAGCUAGGUUAAUAUAUGAAAAUUUGGAAUUACCCAGUAUAUUCUUCUCUACAGGAAACUACAUCCAUUUAUCUGUUGAUCAUAUGCCAAAAUUAUGGCUAGCUUAUGUCACGGAUCCUAGUGACUCAGGUUAGAAUAAACAGUUCUUUUUAUCUUGCUCCAUAUAUCUUGGACCAUACUGCUCGAAGAUAAGUUUGUUAUUGUAGUACAGGUAUGUGUGCAUGAAGACAUGCAUGUGUGAGCAUGUCUUCCAAUUCCAAGUGUCCCACUUUCUAGACAAAAAACAAUGGAAAAAUAUUAUCCUAAAACGUAGUGCCCCCCCCCCAAAUUUACAUUGCUGCCUACGCCCUAAAAUUAUCGAGCUAGUGCCAAGGGCAGCCUAGUUCCCGCCCUUCGCUUCCGCGAUGCUAGUUGCUCGGGAGAGCCUGGGACUAGACUAUGUCGAGGGCGUAUUGGCCAUUUCAUGCAUUUUGAGGACUAAGAUUUUUCAGAAUAGAGCGAGUUAUAAGAUGUAAAUUUGUAUAUUUGCGAUUGAUGCUUAUUCAGUUUAUCUUUUUAAUGAAAUGUAAAGCUCUUUGGGAGCCGAAACCCAUUCUGCCCCCAACCCCUCCCUUGUAUAAUUCGGGAACGAAACACGUUCCUGUAUAGUUUCGUGAUCAUGACGACCCAGUAGAUGAAGAGUUAAUACUGUAAGUGCAAAACUGAAAUGAAUAGCUUUGUAGAGCUUAUACAGUAUUUUAAGUCUGACAUUUGUAUUGAAUUAAAACUAAAUUCUGCGUCUAAUUUUCACAAUAGGAAAAAUUCACAGCAAUGUUAGACAGAGAUGGAAUCAAGGUAAUAGCGAUUUGAUGGUUUUCGCAAUUCUUAUGUAUAUGCUUGCAUGAUGUAUAAUUUUAUGUGCUGUUUUUAAUUUAUUUUUUGCUCUGUAUUUAUAUAACUAUUCAUUUAACAUAAAUUUGUGGGGAUGUUAUAUGAUAAGGAUUUUUUAUAUCACAUGCAACUUCACAAGACAUGCUGUGCCGUUAUAAUUGAUCACAAAAACACUGUUCUUCAUGGAAAGUAUCAUUACUCAUUAGCCAACAAAACAUUUAGUUUUUUUAUGACUUUGGAGUAUCAAAUGCGAUUUUAAAUCUUACCAGGAAUGGAUCCAGUAAUUAAGGUGACAAUACGACGAAGCGAAGCCUGUAUUGUUCAACAAGUGAAAAUAGACGUUCCAAAAUAAUCGCUACAACACGUUUUUUAUUCUUGUUUUUUUUUCAAUCCUGGGUUUGAGUUCCCGUCUCCGGUAAUGAAUGAUUGUAUCGAUCAUUACCUUCCUCUUAUCGCGGGGACUUUGAUUUCCUUAGCUUACAAAGACUGUCUAUAAGCAUAUUGUCUUGUGUAUCAACCUUGAUAUUUACUUUUCAGGUGAUAAAGAAGUCGUUGCAGCCAUGAAGGAAUUUGGUGAUUACACCGAUCAAGCGAGGUUGGUCAAAUCGAGCCCGUCAUGCAGUAUUCAUCUAUAUGAUUCAUUAUACAUAUACUUAUAUAUCCAGGUAGUGCACUUUUCACAGCGCCGCGUGAUUUCAAAACGGUGUAUCAGUGGUCAGCGAAUACUCCAAAUAACUAGCAUAUUUAACGUUUAGUCGGUCUUACAUGUGUAUAAUGCAUAUUAUGCAAUUCAUGAAUUGAUAUAAUUUAAACUUUUUCACAUAUUUAGGGAUGCUCUUGAGAAGAUGGAUAUAACACGGUAAUGCACCUAUACAACAAAAUAUACUUAUUAAUAAUAAAAAAAUGUUUUUAGAUAUAACAGAUACAGAAUAAGCAUUUGGUAAAGAAACAUAUGGUUUCAAUUUGUCACACGUGCUCUAAAAAUUGUGAAUCCGCCAUGUUAAAUUUGACCACGACUACACCCUUUCCUUGCGAAACUACAACCGAAUUCCUUGCGAAAGAAGUCGUGCUAAAAAUCUCUAAAAUUCACCAAUUUGACGAGAUCGUAGUUAUUCAUAAUCACCCAGGCACGGAGAAACCUAAUUCUAAUGACACAUGUUCUGUAAAUUCGUACUAUACCUAAUUUUAUCUCCUAAUUUAAAUGUGUACACAAUGUGCAACCACAUUUUUUAAUAUGUCUGAAUGAACUGAAUCAACUGUAUAUACGUUUAAAGUUUUACAGGCAGUUUAAUGAUGUUUUCGUAUUUAUAACGGUAUUUUCAUUUAUAUUAUACAGCCUUGCAGACAUUAUGAACAAGAAUUUUGAUCUAAGAAGGUAUCUCUAUAUUCCCCUUUUUCCUUUUAAUUGCUAAUUCAGAGUCCCAACAGCAUGUUAUUUGAUUCUGAUUUUUGCAGGAAAAUCUACGGUGAUGCUGCUUUGGGAGAAUCUAACCUGCGAAUGAUAGAAAUUGCUCGUCAGGUAAAUGCUACAAUAACGAUAGUAACUUUGUAUGAUAUUUGGUGAGCAUAAAAGGUCACUAUAUGGAUUAGCGUACUCGACUAAAAACUAAAACAUCCGUAGAAUCCAAAUUUCAGUAUAUAUCUGGGGCCGGUUGUAUAAAACUCUUAAUCACUUUUUUUAUCACUAUUUCGUAGUUAAAUAGUGAUUACACUCUCAAAUAGGCACUUCUUAUUGGAUGACGUUUGCACUUAAUCAUAGUUAACUUUAAUCAUUUUUUUAUACAACCAGCCCCAGGCCAUCUGGGUCCAGGAUUCCAGGACAGGAUGCAUGGUUAUAUUUUCCACGUGAAUAAAAAUGGCGGCCGUUUUAAGAACAUUUUAUGCAUUAGAUCGAUUAUUUGAGAGGCAUAGGCUGUGUUUAUGAAAAUGGAGGAUUUUCUUCCAUCUUCGUAAACCAUGCAAUUAAGGACUCUUCACGUGCUUUAGUUGGUCCUUCACGUGCACACGUAAAAACGCACAAGUUGUAACAAACCUGCAGCAUGGGAUUUGUAGCAAUGUUGUUCCAACAACUUGUCAUCAGAAUGUGUUCGCACUGCUUGUUCCCAGCUUGUUGACAACUUGCUAUAAGGUUAUUGAGCUCAACAGGCUUGUUACAUUAAGUUGCUCCAACAACGUGUUGACACAAGUUGUGACAAUUACCUUGUAGCAACUUGUAAUAACAGAUUUUUACAUGUGUAUAUAUAGGACCCUACCGUAUACGUGCUUUAAUAAUUGACCUAACUGAACAUGUAAUGUAUACCUAUAACUGAACAUUUUAAAAUAUAACACUUUUUCGUAUAAUAGGAACAGUUUAAUUACCUUCCACAAAUCUAUUGGUUUAAUUUGGAAUAAUCGCCAUUUAUUAAAUAUAGUUUAAAUAAAAAGAAUUUUUCGUCCAAAUACUGUUUCGCUGCGCUCACUUUGUAGUAUCCUCUAUAUAUGUAUGUAAACAUAUUAAACAGUAAAUAUGAGCUGUGUGCGUUCACCAUUUGGGUUUAUUUUUCCCAAUCAAUUUCCCCUUAGUCUGGAUCAGCUGUAAAAUUUCCUGGGAGUGGAGGAGCUGUAAUUGGCUUAUGUCUUGAUGAACAACAUAAGGUAUUGUAAUUUCAUUGUUUUGAACUUUAAGUUAAAUUUCUUAGUGUGCGGGACUAGGUUUAUAUUUAAUUAUAUUUCUAAAGCACUGAGUACGUGGACAAAUAUUUGACUUGUUGGGAUAUAUUCCUUAGCAAACGCUCGGUUAUCAGCUAGUUUUUGCGGCAUACUUUGAACGUGCAUGACCGCGUAGUAAGCCAACGGUAAAAGUGUUUCGAGUUUAUUGAGUGCAUGACUUAAAAGCUUAUUAUUACUUUUCAAUUAUAUGAGUAAUACAGGGGGGGGGGGGUUGGUGUAACAAAAAGGGCAAAACACAAAACUAGUUAUCCCAGUCUUACCUUCUUCUAGAGGCACUUUCUAAACGAGGGUCGAUUUAAUAUCUGUUUAAUUAAGAUGAUCUAGUAAGAAAGAACUGUUACAAUUGUAAUAAGUGUUACACUGUAAAAAACAGAUUGGUUAAAAUAACCAAUUUGGAUUGUUGUCUCGGGUGCACUUAUUUGACCAAUAUUUUAUUGGUUAAAACAACGGCAAAAAUUGUGUUAUUUUAACGUUGUUUUGAGCAAAUUAUAUUGGUCGAAAGAAAAUGCAUCUGAGACAACCAAUUCAACACCAGUUUGUUUCAUAUGUGAAAUAUACUGAAUCUAUAUGACGUCAUAGGCAAGGUAAUUAAUCAUCUAAAACCAAAAUGAAUUAGAGAUAAGAGUAAGCGUGUGAACAAAAGCAUUUGAAUUUUGCACCAUAAAUUAAACCAUCUUCCUAUCUAAAAAAAUAUAGGAUGACCUUAAGAAGGCGUUCCAGGCUGAAGGAUUCGUGUUUUGUGAUAUUAUUCCAUAUCCUGAAAGUUGAUGUGCUAAAAAACUUUUCCUCCAGCGUCACUGAAAGUCAAGGUAUAAUUGUCAUCCUACAACCUUGAAGACAACCGAAGACUGAGGACUAGUCAAUUCGCUGCCCUCAGACGAUGAUGAUCUAUACCCUUUUGGCCUCUCUCAUGCACACAUCAGGGGAGCAUUUGAAAUUAUUCGAUAUAUUGAAAAGAUUCUAUUUCUACAAUCAACUUUGCCACAUUGAUAAUUGUAUAAGGUGGCUCGAUACAGUUUUCAAAACUUCAGGUUGUAAUAGUUUGAAAGUUUUGAACGUCGUAUUUUUAGGUUUUAUGCCAGCAGGUAUCAUGAUGUUCAUCUAUUUUGACGUUUCUUCUCUCAAUUUAUGUCAGUGUUGGUAACACAUAGUUCGUUGCUAUGCAACACAUGAGUACGAACUUCACUCUAAAAUAGCUUAUUGCUAAUUUGUGCUGUCGGAAGAGAGGCACGGUGAUCCCCAAUUUUUUUCGAGGACUAUGUUACUUACAACAUGGACUAACAAUAGCAAAAUAUUAAAAAACUCUGUAAUGCCAUUUUUUUGGCAGUAAAAUAAUACAGUGUGCAAAAUUUCAACAUAGGUCACCGCACGAAAUAAUGAAAUAUUUAUCAUUUAUAGACCGGGAGGCGAGGGGGAUUCGGCGGAAUAUUAUAUUACCCAAAGUGAUGAUAUUUCCAGAGAGGCUUUGCCCCGAGGGAAAUAUCAUCACUGAUGUUAAUAUUUCGACGAAUCCCCCGAGCGGAGGGUCUAUAAAUGAUAUAUUAUACCGAAAGUUAAAGAACCCACCAAGUUCACAACAAACAUUAAAACUUGAAGCGAAUACAAUUUUUAAUUUCUUAUGCAUACGUUAGUUUUUGACGUUUUCUCUUUAAAAUAUUUGAGCAUGUAUCCUUUGGAUCAUUGAAGGUAACAUACGUCUUUAAAAUUUUUGGUUAACUUAAAUCAAUAAAUUAAUCUUCUGUAUGAAAUUACAAACAACAGCUCGCGAACGCCAUAAUUGUUUCGGAACGUGGUGUCCACGCGUGAGCGUGAGAUACUAUAAUAUCCCACGGUGAGUAUCUCACGCUGCAUUGCGAAAUCAUGAAUUUGAGUGAAAUACCGUAAAAAUCACAUUAUCACGUGGUACAAAUGUUGUCUUUUGAUUGGACAAUUUGAAUUUGAGGUAUAAUAUUUAACAAUUAUUCGCCGAAGGCGAGGUGAUUAUCGGGGAAUAUUUACCGAGACGAAGUCGAGGUGAAUAUUCCCCGAUGAUCACCGACCUGAGACGAAUAAUUGUUUUAGUAUUUUUACUCAAGUCUUUUGUGUUUUUUGGGACUGAAUUUACUUAAUUUCGCUUAUUUCUUUAUCAGUAACUUCCACACAACGGCUAGCCGCCAUUUUGCAAAUUUCGGGUUUUUUAUGUUUACCUGUAGGUGAAUAUUUAACAAUUAUUCGCCGAAGGCGAGGUGAUUAUCGGUGAAUAAAAACCGAGACGAAGUCGAGGUUUUUAUUCACGAUAAUCACCGAGCCUGAGGUGAAUAAUUGUUUUAGUAUAAUUUCAUAGGUGAUUAUUUGGAAAAAAAUAAGAAAAUACACAUUUCUUCGUCAUUUAAUUGACAAAAAGGCUUCGGCCGCCAUUUUGAAAAUCGCUUAGGUGAUUAUCGCGUAAUAAUCACCUCAACGGCAACCAAUCAGCGUGGAGAAUUUUCAAUAAUCACCUAUGUAAUUAUACUAAAACAGCUUAAUACGUCAAAUUUGACCGAUUCACUUGUAGGGUUUGUUAUAUUCACUUGUGCAAAAUACUAAAGCACAAUGUUUGUCAAAAUUUGGCAUUUCUAAUGACGUCAGGAAUUGACGUGCAAUGCGUAAUGAGUGAACACGUACAUUGGUGCGAAGUGACGUGAGCAAUUCGUCACGUCAGGUCAUAUAUAUGUAAGUCAUUCCGUUAAUAUUCCAGGAGACACGAAUGCAUGGCCACGCGAUUUGUUCAUAUAGCAUAACGUUUUGUUUUUGCGAUUCGUGUAUAACGGUUUGUGUGUAUUAAUAUAUCGAGCCACCUUAAACGUACGAAGAGAGAAAUUAGAUUUGGAGUUCAACAUUUAUGUGAAGUUUCAAAAAAUGUAUCAAUGACAAUAGAAAUACAUUUGUGUGGGUUAAUAGUAACUUAAAAUUAAUAUAAUUACGAAAUAUCACAGUUUUCCUCUUAUUGAUUGAUAUGGCAAAUUUGGUUUUAGAACAGAAUUGUCCCGCAGGUGCGAGAAAGCAGUAAUAAAUAUGGACGUCCUUUGGGCAGCGAAUUCUCUGGAAUAAACAUGAGUAGAUCAUUUCCGAAUUAAUAUCAGGAUUGUGGGUAUCUAUACUCGAUAUAACUAAUUGUAGAAGGAUUUGGAAGAUGGAAAUUUCGAAUGUGAAUUUUAUACAUUUAUUUAGAGGCAGGAAUCGAACAUGCGGUCCUGCGAUUCCGGUGCAGCCCGGCACCUGAGCUACAGAGAUCAGCAUAACCUGGCAAAAUCGAUUGUCUUGUACAGCACUUGUACUACUAUACAAUACAAAGAAGCACAAAUUUAAUGUUAAAAAACAAUGUAUGUCUACACUCGCGUGGUACAUCUAUUGACAUAUGUUGAAAACGUAAUACAAUAGGGGACCCCCCCCCCCCCUGAAAGCCUGUAAAUUAUUAUAAUGAUACUGAAUAACUGGAACAAAAUGUAACCACAAUUUUUCAACCGUGAAAGCAUUGGUUGAUUAUAAUUCAAGUUAUGUAUUGCAUGAAAUUUAAAAAAAAAAGUUUAAAGAAUUAUAUUGCCAGGAGCAAAAAAGGUCAUGGUAAUUAAUAUGUGUCUAAUAUGUGUGCAACCUGAAUCGUCCACCACUGACGUAAUAUUAGCAGCAGUUUAAUAUGGCUAACAACGCUAAAAGUUGUAGAUAAUGCAAAAGACCUUGGCGUAAACAUUACUUCUAAAUUAUCGUGGAGUUUGCAUGUAAAUCAAUGUUUUUUUUAAACGAUCUGUAGGACCGAAAAAUCAUCAACUGUUUUCCAAACUCUACAAAAGCCUUGUGCGUCCCAUCUUAGAGUAUUGUUCUCCAGUCUGGUCCCCUCACGUGAAGAAGGACAUUAAUGCACUGGAAAAGGUGCAGAGAAGAGCAUCCAGGUGCGCCUUAAGAAGUAAAGGAGGACAUGAAAUGUCUUACGAAGAACGUUCUUCUAUUUCGUUCUUCUAAUGAAGAACGAAAUUCUUCAGUGGCCUACUCUAGAAAAGAGAAGGGAAUUUCUAUAAUUACAAGACAGUACACGGAAUAAAUGGUUUAGAACCAUCCAAGUAUUUCACAUUUGCUAGCGAUUACAGGCAUUUAAGAUCAAACCAUUGCUAUAAACUGAAGACAGUAUUAGUUCCUAUUAGACAGUAUUAGUUCCUACGUAUAGUUCCUAUUUGGAAUAGCCUGCCAGAUCGAACAUGUUGCAGAGGCAGAAAGUUUAAUAGCGUUCAAAGGAAGAUUAAGAACAUACUUAAUGGAUUAGAUAUACCAAGUGACUAUACUUUUAUAUAUAGAUUCUAUUUUUCUCCCG